AUGAUUUCGAGCUCCGGGCCAUUGGCACGAUCCACAGUUGCCAAUGUAUACCCAUAUCUGGUGGGCGAGUCUACUGCAACUCUGCUGCUCUCUAGAAGCGCCCCAACUACAUGCGGGUGCCUUCUCCCGAUCGCUAUGUCAAGCGGUCCAUCGUGUUUGCUAUUCACCGCGUUGGCAUCAACGACCUCGUACUCGAGUAAGAGCUUGACAGUAUCGCUCCAUCCACCUGCUGCAGCCAAGGCGAGUGGUGUCCACCCAUAUACAUCUCGUUGGUUCGGGUUGCAUCUCCCUGUCCUCAUAAGCGCUUCCACUACCUUUGUUCUCCCGUUCCAAGCAGCUCGAGACAACGGUGAACGUUUAUACUUGGUGUCUACAAUACCCGGGCCUGCCAGAAAUUUCACCACGUCUUCUCUCCCGUACAUGGCAGCUAGAGACAGCGGGGUACGGUUAUUGUUGUCAAGGACAUCUGGCUGCGCACGUUCAUUGACAAGUAGCUGCACAACCCCCUUGUGCCCAUUUUCAGCGGCCCAUGACAGUGGCCCACGGCCAUUCUUGUCUGUAGCAUUGAGAUUGAGGUCUAUACCUCCUUGUUUGAAAAGUUCGCGUACCGUUGGUUCGUGGCCAUUCCGUGCUGCCCAAGAUAGUGGAGUGCAACUGUUAGCAUCCUGUACAUUUACAUUAAUGCCCUUCUGGAGUAAAGCCGAUAUCGGCUGCUCAAGUCCGAAAUAUGCUGCUAGGUGCAAUCCGCUCAUUCCAUUCGGUACCUCCUGGCAGUAA